AUGGUGGGGGAGGACGAGUUUGACUUCAGUGAACCCGGACUUGCUGAGCUGUUCAACCAGGAAAACCUCGUACUUGUCUAUCGAUUUUCAUUAGAGAUUGAAAAGGCAAGAUCGAUGUUCGGUGGACACAACAAUGGUAGUUAUGAAGGUCGUGAAAAGCCAGAUGAUGAGGACGUCGAGGGAAACAACAUCACCGAAAGUCAUGAAACACCAAUGGCGACGGAGGUUCGAAAAGAACAAGGUGCGUAUAAACUUUCAGAGUUUUACACCAGUUUCAACGAAAUAAAGAGGGUCAAUACAUCUUGUGCGGAGUACCUCAUUGGUAUUGGUUUCGAGCACUGGGCAAGAUCACAUUUCGAAGGAAAUCGAUACAACAUUAUGACAAGCAACGUUGCUGAGACAUGGAAUUCAGUGUUGCGUGAAGCCCGUGAAUAUCCCAUUCUUUCUCUCAUUGAAUACAUUCGUGCAAAACUUAUGGACUGGUUUGCGACCAGACGAGAAAUAGAUGGCGAAGGCUCUCUUUUUCUAACUCCUCGGGUUCAGGAGAUCGUCACUUCAAAUUUGGAAAGAAGUGGAGUGUUUGGGGUGACAUGCAUCCGAAACGGUGAAUAUGAAAUGAGAGACAAAGGGGGCGAAAGUUUCCACGUCAAUCUCAACGAUAAGUGUUGCACAUGCCAUGAAUUCCAAGCGCUACUGAUUCCUUGCACCCACGCCAUUGCCGCUGCAUCUCGUGUCAAGGUCCGAGUUGAUUCUUUGGUAGGGGACUUUUACAGUUUGGAAACGUACAAGACAGCUUAUGCGAGCAUCAUAUACCCGGUUGGGGAAGAAGAAAGAAUUGAGAUCCUUUCGAACGACAGUACAAACGAGUUGGAUGAUAUAAAUCCGCCUUCAAGCAGGAGACCCCCUGGUAGACCCAAAAAAACCAGGAUUUUAUCUAGAGGGGAAUAUCAGACAAGAGGCCCUAGGAAGCGCACAGUAUGCGGUAGAUGCAAACGACCGGGACAUAACCGGGCGACGUGCAAAAUGGCUAUAUAA